UUCAAUACCUCAGAGAAAAAAGAGAACAAUCUCAAGUCUCAAAGGAGCCAAAGAAGUUGCAUAUUCUAUGGGUGCUGCUGCAGCUAUUGUUAGAAACAUGAAUGCAUUAGUCGGCCCGGGCGUGAUGCUUCUGUACCCUCUGUAUGCAUCGAUGAGGGCUAUAGAGAGCCCUUCGACGCUGGAUGACCAGCAGUGGCUGACCUAUUGGGUUCUCUACUCCUUCAUAACCCUGUUUGAGUUAUCCUUUUGGCAAGUCCUACAAUGGUUUCCGUUCUGGACAUUCAUCAAGCUCGUGUUCUGUCUCUGGUUGGUUCUGCCAAUUUUCAAUGGAGCAGCUUAUAUAUAUGAGAAGUAUGUGAGGAAAUAUGUGAAAGUCGGGGGUCUGGUAAACACAAACUACCCCGAGACACAGAGGAAGGCUCUCCAGAUGAUGAGCCUCGAUGCCAGGAAAUCUGUGGAGAGGUUCAUAGAUACCUAUGGACCAGAUGCAUUCGACCGAGUGGUCAAAGCGGUAAGAAAUGAUUCUAAUAACAUAAACAAUUCUACUAUUAAGGGUGUGCGUUUCGGAGUGUAGCAAGAUUAGAGCAGUUAAAAUCGCACCAGACACUUACCUCUCCAGUUGAAAUUUUUGCGAUUAAUCACUCCAGUUCCAACCGUUCUUCCAAAUGCACCCUAAGUUAGCUUAAUCUCAACGGUUGAUCUUUUGACAUGUUUGCAGGCUGAAAAAGAGGCAAAGAAAAUGCACUGAAGACAAAAGAGUGCAAUUAGAGCUUCAGUUCAAGAAGAUGACUGUGGAAAUGUAUGGUUGAGAUAGGUGUGUGGUCUAUUUGUGAGUGUGUGAUUCUGUAAAGAUUGGAAACAAUAUAGCUAUACAUUUAAUGGGUACAAAGCUCAGUCGUUUCACAAA